CUUGUAUUCAUAUCAAAUGAGUUCUUGCUUUGCUAUUACUUUAUCGCAUAAACCUUGUUUAAAUUUCGCUUUAUUUCUUAUUUGUCCUUCUCUCUCUCUUUCCAGGUAAUAGCAAUUUAGUAUAUACUUUAAUAAGGAAACGUCAAAUAUUUUAUCGGCUAGCUAAUUUACCCACUGAUCAACCUACUAUUCAUAGUAUAGUUAAUAAACAAAUAAAAUCUCAAAGCAGUGGUCAUAUUACAAUGGAAUCUACUACUACUGUUCCUUCUAGUACUUCAUCUCGAACAUCUAGCAGCAGUGGUGGGAUUAAAAAAUCUCCUGCUGACACUUCUGCUUGUAAACCUUUACCAAUAUCGGAAGUAGCAAAAUCUUCAUCUACUUCCACUUGUUUAUCUGUUGAAUCAUCUGUUUAUCAUAAUGACGAUAAUGAUAAUGUUGGUAAUGGUAAUGUUGACAAUUCAAGUAUUGUCGAGUCCAUGGAUCAAGUAUCUUCUCGGGUUUGUUUUGUUUCGUUUAUGUGUAUAGAGUAAAAAUGGAAUGCUUUGCUUAUUUUUCUAUCGAUUUUGUACACAAGAUCUUCAUCGGCAAAGUUAUUUAUAAGUUCUCAACAGACCCUCAAUCGAUCUAGCUUUCUUCUAGUAGGAAAUGUCAGUUUCAAUUGAGAAAAGUAAAAAAACGGAUAACAAAUUCAUCUCAAUGUAUAUCUUGAUCAGUAGCAUCUAAACUGUCGAUGCUUAUGUAUACAAAUCAAUGAACUGAUGGUUUGGAAAGGUUUAUGCUGUUUUUAAUUUGAAUAAUCUAUUCUGACAAUCAUUAUACAAUUCAUUCCAAAAGUGAACUGUAUCUUCGAUGCUUAAUCUUUUCUAUUACUACUCAAUAGAAGACCCUUGCUCCUUCUGGAACACUUGUUUAGACUCUGAUCGUCCUCUAAUAGGAGCACGCAUUUGCUUGCGCCCUACUAUAAGCCGAGAAACCACACUAAGAAGACCCAUAAGAGUUGGAUUCAACGAUGAGAAAACCAAAGAUAAAUUCCAAGAACAACUGAGACCACACUUAGGCAAUUUCGAAAAUGAGACUGACCGAGAUGUUGCUUAGAAUGAUAUACGAACAGCUGUGGAAACAGCGGCGACAUCUAUUAGUGAUUUAAACCAAAGGGUUACGGAACACCAGUGGAUUUCUGCAACAUCUCUUGCACUGAUAGACUCUCGUAAACUCUGAACACGAUGAAGAGCGAAAACAGAUCAGGUCUAGGUUAACUAAAAGUCUACAAAACGAUCGUGAGCAGUGAUAAACAACGAAAGCAAAAGUGAUGGGACCGGCAGCGACUGUAUGUAGCACCAGACAGCUUUUCAGACUAAUAAAAGAAACUGGAAUUAAGAUGUCGAGUGUAAGUGAGACGGUCUCGGAAAAGGACGACACCCUUAUCUGCUCUCAGCUCAGACGUUUAGAACGAUGUGCGAAACACUUCAAGGAGAAGUUCAGCUGGCCUUCAGCUACUCUACAACUACUCACUAUUCUCGUAUAGCCUGAAUGGAACAUUGAAGUGACCCUCCCGACCUUAAUUGAAGUUCAAAAACCCAUAGAUAAUCAGAAACGAGGAAGAGCAGCUAGUCCAGAUUGAUUAACUACAGAGGUUUUUAAGGAUAAUGGUCUAGUUUUAGCGAUUAGGUUGACUAAUAUUGUAGCUCAAAUAUGGGAGUUGGAUGUGAUCCCAUCUGACUGGUCGCAAUAACUAAUCGUCUCAAUAUAUAAGAAAGGAUCAUCCUGUGAUAACCACAGAGGGAUUAGUUUGACUAAUAUAGCGUCUAAAAUACCAGCCUCAAUAAUUAUCGGACGCCUAACAAAGACUCGUGAACUGCAAACACGAGAAAAUCAGGCUGGUUUCAAAUCUGGUCGUGACUGCAUCGACCACAUAUUCACCAUUCAUCAGAUUCUAGAACACAGAUAUGCUUAUCGGCGUCCGACAAUGAUAGUUUUUCUUAACCUAAAAACAUCAUUUGACUCUGUAGACCGAGAGGUUUUGUGGUAGUGUCUGUCUGCAACCUCAAGUAGUGCCUGGCAAAACUGUCCACUAUCUCCCUUUCUGUUUAAUUUUAUCUCAGACCUACUGCUGGAAAUAACGUUCUCGUCGACUGAAUUUUCGGGAAUCUUUCUCCUACCAGGAGGUCCACUUAUUGACUUAGAAUACGCAGACAACGUAGUCCUGUUUGGUGAAGAUGCAGUCUUUUAGUAGCACUGAGCAACAAUGCCAGGAUGUUUGGAAUGCGUUUUCCCCCCCCUUUAAAUGCAAAUUUUUGCUUCAGGACUGACCUGAACUAAGGAUAGGAAGUGAAGUAGUCGAACGCGUUGACAACUUCACUUAUCUUGGAAGUCUGAUCAGUCCUAAUGGGUUGGUGUCUGAUGAAACCUCAGCACAGAUUCAAAAAGCUCGUUUGGCUUGUUCCGACUUACGUCAUCUAUAGCGAAGGCGAGAUAUCUGUCUACCAACUAAGUGACGAGUAUACUGCGCUGCAGUUCGUUCUGUUGUACAUAACGGCUGUGAACCAUGACCAUUAAGAGUAGAAGAUACACGUAAGUUUUAAGUAUUUGAUCAUAGAUAUCUUAGAAAUACUGCUCGUAUCCUCUGGGAUCACUGGGUAUGUAAUAGUGAGGUUAGACGUAGGGCAUUAGGAAAUGAUAGUAAGUCAGUUGAUGAGGUUGUGUCUUCAUCGCCUGAGAUGGUUGGGUCAUGUGUUACGCAUGUCCGACCACCGAUUAUGAGGGUGUGCAAUGCUUACUAGCGUUGGAGACGGAUGGAAGAAGUUAGGAGAGGACAAACCAAAACGUGACAUUAGUCCCUGAAGUCACUAACUUGUUGUCUGAGCUAUACCUGUAGGUGAAAACUACUUGGUUUGGGUUCGGGUGACUAUCGUAACCAAAGGUUGGAGUGACAUGGCUCAGAGUCGAUCACAAUGUCGUUUAUCUUUAUGAUUACUUACUGUAUGAUAUUAAGUACUUUUUCAUCCAGAUAUAUAAUUUUACUAUCUAAGUAUUACUCAUAGUAAUAAUAAUCACUUUAUUUAAGUUUAUAUUUUUAGUUGAAUUUUGGAUUUUCAACAUCUUGGCGGUCUGUUACGUAACCAAACACGGGCAUGAAAAAUUUGGUCUCCAAGUAAUUCAAAAAAGACCGUGACACAUUCUCUCAUGAACCAGUUGCGGGUUAAUAAUUGAUCAUGUAAUGACUGAAAUCCUACAAAGUUCAGCACCUUAGAAUCUCAAAGUUUACACUACAAUUAUAGCUUUCCCUAUCUUCUUCCUCCAAUGUUCUGUAUAGGUGACUGUGUCAUAUAUCACCUUCUGGAACACCUUCGAAAUGCUAUGUGUCUCAUCGUAAAACAGUCCAGAAAUUAGUUUUACAUCCACGGCAAGCUAAAUGACGAAUGCUAGUCUUUUUAAUAAUCUAAGUUUUGUUACGUAAAAUGUUGCAAUAUCAUUUAGCUCCUCCUUUGCUCAAAGCUUUAGUACGUUUUUGAAUGAUCAGAUAUGAUUUAAACCUAAGUACAAUUCGACUUGUAAAAACUAAACUAUAAAAAGUAUUUUCGUAAACUAACAUUUAUUGCUUCAAACUUCCAUAAUUUUAUUUUUCAGUGAUAUCGUCCUUUGAAAAUAUUCUUUUUUUUUUCAAUUUUUUCUAACCAAGUUAAAUGAACUAAGUGUUGGUAAACCUGGCGAUUCGAUUCAAGCCAGUCUAGCUGAUGUCCCUCCAUUGCAUAAAAUGACAGGUAAACGUUUAGGCAAUGCUACUCAAUUAGAUGAACGUUUCUCAAAUUAUCAUUCAGAAAUCGAGAAUAAUUUAAUAUCACAUUCUUCACCUAGUCAGCGUAUUCCAGUGGAUAGUAAUAAUAAUGGUAAUAAUAACAAUGAAUCUGAUAAAGAUUCGACAGUACAUAAUGUUCAAGAAUGCCCAAUAAAUAGAUCUGGAAUUUCAGAAAGUUCUCUGACAAGUACAAAUCAAACGAAAGAAACACAAAACAGUUCAUUAACUUCUGAUACACAAUCUUUUCAUUCCAUUGGAACAAUCACAUGUAAGCAAUCACGCACCAGUGGUAGAAGUAAUUCAUCUCAUUCAGUUAAUGAUAAUAAUGAUAAGUUACAAAAAUUGAAUGAAAGAAAUUCAUCGAAUUGGGAACCAACAUCAGAAUGGGUUCAUAGUUGGAAAUUAAAAAUGCCUUUUCAAACAAUUAUGCGUUUAUUGCAGGUAUUAGUGCCUCAAGUUGAAAAAAUCUGUAUUGAUAAGUAAGUUCUGAUACUGUUAUUACUUCCCAUUUUCUGUGAUCUUGUCAUUGAAUUAAAGUUAUUUGAAUAUCUAGCUGUAAAAUAUGGUCAGUUAUAAGUAGUGUAGAACUUAGCGCAUAUGUGGAUCGGUUCACAUUUCCUUUACAUGUAACUCAAGGAGAUUUGGCAAUGCCAUGUUCGUCAUAGCCAUUGAGUUUCUUCGUUUUUAUUAACUCCGACAUAGAAAUUCUUUAAGAGGUGACACCCUCUUCGUUUGACUAUUCAAGAGAUUGACUCGUUG